AGUCUUGCGCGUGCGCAUUGGCUGACAGUGAGAUCAGCAUAAGCCUCGUCGCGCUGCAGUAUAAACACCGCCAACAUCCAACAGACAAGAUUCACAACACGACUCUGCGCUUCGAGAGAGACGGUUGCCGAAGUCAGGAUGCUUCUCACGCUGCUUUUUAUCUCCACGGCUGUGGCGAGUCCCCUGUUGGGUACGGAGCAGUGUGCUCGCGGUCCCCCCUACUGGUGCCAGAACGUCAAGACUGCUUCCCUUUGUGGUGCCGUCCAACACUGCCAACAGAGUGUGUGGAACAAGCCUCAGAUGAAAUCUGUGCCAUGUGAUCUGUGCAAAGAGGUGUUAGUGGUGGUGGAGCAGCUUUUGAAGGACAACGCCACAGAGGGCGAACUCCUUGGAUACAUGGAGAAAGCCUGUCAGCUGAUCCCUGAUGAGGGCAUGGCUGACCAGUGCAAGGAGAUUGUGGACAACUACUUCCCCGUUCUCAUGGACAUCAUCCAAGGAGAGCUGGAUGACCCUGGUGUGGUGUGCAGUGCUAUGGGCCUGUGUGUGUCCCAGCAGUCAGCUCUGGCUAAAGCUCAGCUCAUGUCCAAUGAGAUCCCUCAAGUGGACCUGAACCAACGUGUCAACCCCUUCCUGCUCAACAUCCCUCAGCUGCUCUACCCCCAAGAGAAAACCAAGGAGACCCCCAAACAGACGGGUGGAGAUGUGUGCCAGGACUGUGUUAUGUUCAUUUCGGACACUCAGGAGGAAGCCAAAGCCAAUUCCUCAUUUAUCAACGCUCUACUCGCUCGGGUGGAGAGCCAGUGUGAGCUUCUGGGACCUGGCAUGUCUGAUAUGUGCAAGGAGUACAUCAGCCAGUACGGACCACUGGUCUUUCAACAGCUUAUGUCUAUGGAGCAGCAAGCCAAGGACAUCUGCUCUCGUGCUGGAUUCUGCCCCCCUCAGAACAAGUCUGUGCGCAUGGAGAAGCUGAUGCCUGCCAAAUCAAUCCCUGCUGUCAAGAUGUUCCCUGCAGCCAAACUUGAAACGCCUGUCAAAACCAAGCCUGCUAAGAAUCUGGUGCAAAUACGCGACAGUCCUCAGUGUGCCAUCUGUGAGUUUGUGAUGAAGGAAGUUGAGGAAAUGAUUCAGCAUCACACAUCUGAGGAAGAGAUUGUGCAGGCUGUGGAGAAAGUCUGCAACAUUUUACCCUCCACACUCGCGGCUCAGUGCAAGGACCUGAUUGAGACCUACGGCCAGGCCAUCAUUGAACUGCUCAUGCAGGAGGCUGAUCCCAAAACCAUCUGCUCUUUCCUCGCACUCUGCAAUGGGGUCAGCCAUGUCUCUGUAAUGGACAAGCAACGAUAUGAGGCGGGCGGCUUCUGUGACGUGUGUAAGAUGGCAGUGCGUUAUGUGGACGGGAUCCUAGAGCAGAACGCCACUCAGGCAGAGAUCGAGGAUGCUGUGAUGAAGGUCUGCAACUUCUUGCCUGAUGCUGUCAGAGACGAGGUAGGUCACGCUUACAGUAAACAGACACCCAUACUUCAUUCUUUUAAUACGUCCAACAACAGAACAAAUGCAAAAAGAUUGUCUGCAAACUUUCUACUGUGCUGUUGUCCAGCAACAUGCAGUGUGAGAUUUUGAUUUGCUAUGAAUUUG